AUGACUGAGAGCUCCAGCUUCACGUCGUGGCUGCUCGGCGCGGUCUACACGGGCGGCACGCUCUGCGUGGGCGCGCUCUUCCUGCUGUACAUGUACCAGGAGCGGCUGCUCUACUUCCCGACGAUUCCUGGCGCCUCCAAGUUCACCGAGGACAACCCUCCCGGAUACCGACACCCCGGGGAGUUUGGGAUCGACUAUGAGGACCUGAUGAUCCCGUGCAAGGACGGCGUGAGGAUCAACGCGUGGCUCAUGAAGCAGAAGGACCACAACAUCCGCCCGACGCUCAUCUUCUUCCACGGCAACGCCGGGAAUAUUGGUUACCGUCUCCCGAACGCCGUGCAGCUGUUCCGGAAGGUCGGGGUGAACGUGCUGCUGGUGGACUACCGAGGGUUUGGCCACAGCGAAGGGGAACCGACUGAACAAGGGCUGAAGCUAGAUGCUGAGGCUGCGUUGGACGCCAUAUAUGCUCGGACGGACAUCGACACGUCGAAGCUCGUGGUGUUCGGCCGGUCUCUGGGUGGCGCUGUGUCUGUCCACCUCGCCGAGAAGGAGCCUUCUAAAGUGGCGGCCGUCGUUCUGGAGAACACGUUCCUGAGCAUUUCCGCCAUUGUGGACGUGCUGAUGCCGUUCCUGACGUACGUCAAGCCGCUCGUGCUGCGGAUGGACUGGAACAGCGCGAAGGGCAUCCAGAAGAUCAAGCAGCCGAUCCUCUUCAUCGCGGGCAUGCAGGACGAGCUGGUGCCUCACUCGCACAUGCAGCAGCUGCGCGCUCUCGCCACCUCCAGCCAGCGCGCGGUGUGGUACCCCGUGCCCGGCGGCACGCACAACGACUCGUGGCUGCGCGGAGGCGACAAGUACUUCUCGGAGCUGCGGCAGUUUCUGGAGGCGUUGGGCGGCGACACCACAUGUCUGGCCAGCGACGAGUCCUCGGGCGAGGACGGCGUCGCCCCCGAGGAGAACGCCAUCCCGGUCAUGUACCAGCAGCCGCUGCUCAGUUCGCUCCAGAAGCCCAAGACGGAGUAA